AUGCUUCGGCGUCGCGCUGGCGAGCGAUUGCGCGCUGGCGUGACGGCACUGUCCGCGCCUUCCAGAGUCGUUGGACACACGACCUCAGCGUGCGCGGUGUCACGAACAGCCGCGGUUCUCAAAUGCCUCUCAACGCACGAUUCUCGGCCAACGCAGCGCCGCAUGCCGCCCUUGUAUUUCUGCAGUACAUCCUUGCUAACCUUUCCGGGCACGGUGUCCCGCGUCGCCACGGUGACGGACCACUACCCGAUCGCCUUUGCACAGAGAGGAGAGAACGGAUUUCGCGGCAUCGGCCGUGGCCAGUAUCUCAAUCACCUGUACGCUUUGACCAACGACCUGUUCUUUAAUCGGGACAUCACCGUCGUCUUCUUUUACAUUCUCGGGAGCCUCAACCCGGCGGAUUCGUUGUGCCGCAACUUUGGGGAUGAUGUGGAUGAUGGGAGAGUGGUGGCGCGUGUAGCAGAGGGAAGGCCUAUCCUCAGGUUGAUGAACACGUCCUGCCCGCUGUGUCCGAGACAUUCGUGA